AUGGAGGAGAAGAAUCCAGGGAAUAAUAGAGCAAACGAGUCACGACUCCAGGAGAACGCCCACCAGAUAGUCAUUAGGAGGGAACCUCUGCCUCCCAUUCAGGGGGAGAGAGAAAAGGCUCACUCAGCAUCCCUCCCUCCCUCUCAGCCUUCCCCCUCCUUCCCUCUCCCCUUUCACAUACUCUCCUCCUCCUAGCCCUCUCUUCUCAGUCCUUCUACUCUCCUUCUUAGUCCUUCUGCUCUCCUUCUCAGUCCUUCUGCUCUCCUUCUCUCUCCUGUCCCCUUGCACUCUCAACCCACCUCCUCCUCCUCUUUCCUACUUCAGUUUAAUCUGAAGCCUCAGCUUCAUCUGUAACUUUGGCUUCAUCCCACUGAGGCUAUAGUUGAUGUUUGUUAGACUGUAUGGACUGUUAUUGAACAUUGCAUGGUAACAUUGCAGUAAAUAAAUAAGAGCAUUGAAUUGGUGGUUGUGCUAUCCUAUAAUUUGCUCCUACUGUAGCUGUAUAAUCCAGUCUAAAAGUAGUAUUUUAAGAGUAGGCCUAUGAGGAAUAGAGACAUUUUGACCCUAGAGGGAUAUUUGUGAUCAUAGCCCAAAGGUGGUUUAUUCAAUUGAUCCAUUUUUUCAUGACUUUGUAAAUAAGGAAAACUAAGCCAUAUUUUUGUUCAUUUUCACUCAGUAUCUAUGGAUGAAUCACUUUAUGUCAAUAAAUCACUGCCUCUUUAAAUGCAGUCGUUUUGACUACACAAAUAUGACAACAUUUAUAUGUACUUACAAAUUCUAAAAACUAAUUGAUACCACAAUCAAAUGAUGGUAAAUCAGCUUUUUAGUACUAAUGUGGAUUAUACUUUGGAAAAAGAUGCACAUUGAAUAAAGGAAACAUUUAUAUUUCUGUUUGACAAAAUAUGCAAGUGAACUGUAAUUUGGUAAAAUAAGACUGUUUUGGUUCUCUUGUAUUUCAGAUAACAUUAUUUACAUGUCUAAUGAUGUUUUGAUAAGAAUUAGGUUGAUCUUUUGCUAUGAUUGUUGCUUUUUCCAAUAGUUAUUGGGGUCAAAUUGACCCCAGUUGGCCCAUGUAUGAAACAUUUUGGUAGUGUGAGGGUUAAAAUACAGCAACAAGCACUUUAUUUUUCUAUCUGAAUACUUUGAAGAGCUGAAAUGUCUUUUAGAGCUAAAGAGCAACCUAUACCACUGAAGAGAAGUGCAUGUUGUCCCUGUUUUAAAUUAACUGUCCAGUAAAAAUCGCACUUUCAUAAGUUCAUAUUAUUUUAACUCGUACCCAAAUAAUGUUGUUGACUCGUCCUAUACCCGUAUUGGUGGCAAAAGCAUAAAUUGGAGAAAAUUAAACACUUAAAAAACCCUACCUCAAACAGACAGUUUCAAAAAUGCUUGCUAAUUCCUCAUAGAGUAUUACUUCAUACUACUUCAUUAGCAAAACAAUUAUUGUGGUUUAUCCUAUAUUCUCCCUAACAUCCUUACCCUCUUGCAACAGAUGUGGGAUAAACACACACGCACAUACUCUAACACACUCAACCCCUUUCCUCCACAAUCAACCAUAAGAUCAGGUGCUCAACGGUUGUUACAUCCCAGAGCCCAACUCAAGAAUGGACCAGAUUCAUGAAUGCAUAUAGACUUACAGCUGUUUGAGAAAGCAUGCAAGAUCGAGCAGAAACUGACAACAAUGUGAGAUUUGGCAACACUGGCUGCAGUAACCCAUGUGGAGGGGGUCACACUCGGACAAUCAGAGAGGUGGCUUAUUAUUGUGGCCCAGGUGGCACAAAAUAAUCAAAGGUCUGACUGCAUGGAGAUGCUUGGGGAAAAUGGUUACAAUGGGGGACCAGAGUGUUUGUGUCUCAGGUGAAAAGGGUGGAUCUGAUCUCCAUCAUGGAGGAUGAGCUGGCCAAUCGGUGGUCUACUCGCAUCCAUCGCAACAUAUAUUUUUUAUGACCGGUAUACUCCCACACCAUUCUAUUGUUGGGGUACACCAAUGCCAUUCCAACACAGAAAAGCUGCUUUUUAAAAUACUUAAUUUUUUGGGAAGGAAAACUAUUUCACUAAUAUUGUAAUUAUAGGUCAUAUUUAAUAGAAAUCUGGAAACACUGGACAGUUACUUUAAAGUAAAAACAGUGUUAGUGAUGUUAUGACUUUGCAAUCUCUACACAAGCAGAUUCCCUUCACUUUUGGUGGGUCACAGAAAUAAAAGAUAUAUAAAAUAAAUAAUAUGAAUGUUUGAUGAGUAAUGAAAAAAUCAUUGGGUAACUUUCCUCUUCAACUUUGUCACUGGCAGCCAGAGAAAACCUCAACUGAUUGCUUUAAACACUUGUCUCCAUUAGAGCUUUUCUCAAUUUCAAUGCAAUUGAAAGUUGUUAAUUGACUGAGGUGUGUGAGAUAGCAUCUACCUACAAUGAUAAAUAUUCAGUGAUUCUGUAACGAAGUGUUUGUAGUAAAACUGCACACACCAGUCUUCUUCACCUCAGGACUUGUCUUAAACAGCACAUGUUCAGCUGAUAUUUGUGAGCCUUUGUGUUAAACAGGGACAAGUAUAUACAUUGUUGAUAGGAAAAUGGGAAUAUUCUGAAUGAAGUUAAAAAGAAAACCUCCUAUGUUUGUGUUUGAAAAAGUGUGGCAUUAAGUGGGUGAGAAGGGAAAUGGUUGCAUAUUCCAGAACCAACGUGUGUCUAUGAGCAGGGGUUGUGAGAGAGAGCUUUCAAUUUUGUGCAGAUGAGGGGAUAUACAUUUUAAAAUAUAGUAUACAUCUAAUCUAUUUUUUUUAUUGUCCUAUCAAGAUGGAACGAUCCCCAACCCUAUAUCCUAGACACCAACCUGAGCGACCCAUACACCAAAGAGAAGUCCCCAUCUGUUUUAUGGACCUGCUGUGAGUUGCCUAUAUGCAGCCAAAACAGAAAAAUAAAUGCGGUCAGAGACCUACUUUAGCAGCACCGCCCCCUCAAGAUUCUGAGCCUGCCUGGCAGGGUUGGUCCUACAAAGCCAGAGCCUCCUGAUGGGAGAGCAUAAUUAUACAAGGAAAUUAUCAAAGCUGUAAUGAGAACCUUGACGACCUUGUACCUAGCCGGUGGGGAUUCCGGUGGGGUACCCCCACCCAGGUAGUGGCAGUGCUGGCAACACUGGCUGCAGUAACCCAUGUGGAGGGGGUCACACUCGGACAAUCAGAGAGGGGGCUUAUUAUUGUGGCCCAGGUGGCACAAAAUAAUCAAAGGUCUGACUGCAUGGAGAUGCUUGGGGAAAAUGUUACAAUGGGGGACCAGAGUGUUUGUGUCUCAGGUGAAAAGGGUGGAUCUGAUCUCCAUCACCUAGAACUUUAAAUAGAUUAAAAAGAUUAAUCAAAUCUCACAUUGUUGUCAGUUUUUGCUCGAUCUUGCAUGCUUUCUCAAACAGCUGUAAGUCUAUAUGCAUUCAUGAAUCUUGUCCAUUCUUGAGUUGGGCUCUGGGAUGUAACAACCGUUGAGCAUCUGAUCUUAUGGUUGAUUGUGGAGGAAAGGGGUUGAGUGUGUUAGAGUAUGUGCGUGUGUGUUUAUCCCACAUCUGUUGCAAGGGGGUAAGGAUGUUAGGGAGAAUAUAGGAUAAACCACAAUAAUUGUUUGCUAAAAUAAUAAUUGCUUGUCAAAAAUGUAAUGUAAAACAAUGGCAAUCCGGGUUAUAGGUUAAAAUCCUACGCAUGAACUGCCGACAUUAUUACGCAUAUUAAUUGAUUAUGGAAAAUAAGAUAUGCAAGAUAUUUGAAUAGAUAUAUAUUUUUAAAUAGCUAUAUAUUUUGAGGUGAGAGUAUUAAAAAUGCUUUUGGCUGUUGACCUGCUUCUGUUUUGUGGGUGGCACUGUGUGCUGUUUUCGAUGGAUGGGUCCUGGCCUCUCGGGGGCCUAGGGAUCCGGAGGGACGGGGCUGGUAUGCCGAUCACUGGGAUGACGGCCCAACUUGGGAUGGGGAGGGGAUUUAACGGGGGAAUUAGUGGAGAACAAUUGUACAGUGGCUUGCGAAAGUAUUCAACCCCCUUUUUACCUAUUUUGUUGCCUUACAACCUGGAAUUAAAAUGGAUUUUUUGGGGGUUUGUAUCAUUUGAUUUACACAACAUGCCUACCACUUUGAAGAUGCAAAACAUGUUUUAUUGUGAAACAAACAAGAAAUAAGACCAAAAAAAAAGAAAUUGAGCAUGCAUAACUAUUCACCCGCCCAAAGUCAAUGCUUUGUAGAGCCACCUUUUGCAGCAAUUACAGCUGCAAGUCCCUUGGGGUAUGUCUCUAUAAGCUUGGCAUAUCUAGCCACUGGGAUUUUUGCCCAUUCUUCAAGGCAAAAAAGUUGGAUGGGUUCUGCUGGUGUACAGCAAUCUUCAGUCAUACCACAGAUUCUCAAUUGGAUUGAGGUCUGGGCUUUGACUAGGCCAUUCCAAGACAUUUAAAUGUUUCCCCUUAAACAACUUGAGUGUUGCUUUAGCAGAAUGCUUAGGGUCAUUGUCCUGCUGGAAGGUGAACCUCCGUCCCAGUCUCAAAUCUCUGGAAGACUGAAACAGGUUUCCCUCAAUUUAGUGGCAUCCAUCAUUCCUUCAAUUCUGACCAGUUUCCCAGUCCCUGCCAAUGAAAAACAUCCCCACAGCAUGAUGCUGCCACCACCAUGCUUCACUGUGGGGAUGGUGUUCUCGGGGGGAUAAGAGGUGUUGGGUUUGCGCCAAACAUAGCGUUUUCCUUGAUGGCCAAAAAGCUCAAUUUUAGUCUCAUCUGACCAGAGUACCUUCUUCCAUAUGUUUGGGGAGUCUCCCACAUGCCUUUUGGCGAGCAUCAAACGUGUUUGCUUAUUUUUUUCUUUAAGCAAUGGCUUUUUUCUGGCCAAUCUUACGUAAAGCACAGCUCUGUGGAGUGUACGGCUUAAAGUGGUACUAUGAAUAGAUGCUCCAAUCUCCGCUGUGGAUCUUUGCAGCUCCUUCGUGGUUAUCUUUGGUCUCUUUGUUGCCUGUUUGAUUAAUGCCCUCCUUGCCUGGUCCGUGAGUUUUGGUGGGUGGCCCUCUCUUGGCAGGUUUGUUGUGGUGCCAUAUUCUUUCAAUUUUGUAAUAAUGAAUUUAAUAGUGCUCCGUGGGAUGUUCAAAGUUUCAGAUAUUGUUUUAUAACCCAACCCUGAUCUGUACUUCUCCACAACUUUGUCCCUGACCUGUUGGGAGAGCUCCUUGGUCUUCAUGCUGCUGCUUGCUUGGUGGUGCCCCUUGCUUAUUGGUUUUGCAGAAUCUGUGGCCUUUCAGAACAGGUGUAUAUAUACUGAUAUCAUGUGACACUUAGAUUGCACACAGGUGGACUUUAUUUAACUAAUUAUGUGACAUCUGAAGGUAAUUGGUUGCACCCGAUCUUAUUUAGGGGCUUCAUAGCAAAGGGGGUGAAUACAUAUGCACCCACCACUUUUCCGCUAUUUAUUUUUUAGAAUUCCUUGAAACAAGUCUUUUUUUUCAUUUCACUUCACCAAUUUUGACUAUUCUGUGGAUGUCCUUUACAUGAAAUCCAAAUAGAAAUCCAUUUAAAUUACAGGUUGUAAUGCAACAAAAUAGGAAAAACGCCAAGGGGGUUGAAUACUUUUGCAAGGCACUGUAUGUGUAGAGCCAUUGUCAUAUCAUUGUUCAAUCAUUUUCAGACCAUUAAAUCCGCUGGUGUAACACGGAUGUCAAGUACUUCAAGAACAGCGAAUACAAUAGAAUCUGGACUAAAUUGUCAAGGGAGAAAACCACCCUUAAGAAAAAAAGGGUAGAGAAGGAAGACAAUGACAUUGAAAGUGGAUCUAGUCUCAUCAGCCAGUCUGACAUGAAGAGUGAAGAUACCAGUCCUACUGAAUCUGAGAGAAAAAUGUAGUCAGAUAGUGAAGUUGAGGCCAGUGGAAGGUACUCUUCCAAGACUGCCAACACAUGCUGAUGAAGAGUCAGAUGGUGAACUUCAGACAGUAGGUGAUACUCCUCCAAGACUGCCAUCACACAGUGACAUAGAUUCAGAGACUAAAGCCAAUGCUGGUUGUGCAAUUCAAUUGACCCUGUUUUGCCUCUGUUAAUAGGAAAGUAUUUAUGACUAUGUUUAUUGCACGUACAGACAAUUACUCUGUGGCAGAGCAACGAGCCAAACGGGGGGUUGACACCUCCAAUGUUGAAUCAGCGAAGAGGGCGGUGACUAAACCAAUCAGAUUCCGUGUAGAGCCACCCUGUGAGGAUUUCUUAACUAGUCUUAUUCCAUUGUGUGCAUUACAUGCAUCAGGAAGUAGAUUAAAAUAAUGACUAUUUUUUUGUAUUGUGCUUCGUAAGAUGAUGAUUGAAGUGAAGCACUCCAGAAAAAGACACAUGAACCCAGACAAGCCCAGCUUCCAGUGCCCCAGCUUCCACCAGCCCCUAGUGGUAAGAUCCUGCAUUAGGCUACUAGGUCAUUAAACGUAUAAUGAGCAAGUUGAUGGUAAGUUUGACACACAUUCAAGUAUGUGGGUGAGGAAAAGCUUACAGUUAAUGCAAGUACUAGUCUUAAAUAGUAGAGACGGCAUGAAAUCAUAACCUAAUGACAGUUGAUAUGACAAGAAAUUACCACACCAUCUGAUCUUGACAUACUUGAUUAUUAGUCACAUUACCAAAGUGUAACAGUUCUUUUAUUUGUAUUUUUUAUUAGCGACUUCAAGUGUCUUUGAAAAGACUCUACAAGGUACAUAAUGUUUUAAAUCACCAUAUUCCUCUGGGGUAAAACACAAGUGUGAUGCCAUGUUUGUAAAUAUCUGUAUGUAUUUGCCAUCAAACUAAAAGCAUUAUUUAAAACCAAAAAUAAUGCUAAGGAUUUAUUUUUGUUGGGAUUCAUUAACCUUCCCACUGAGCUCCUGACUGACAUCCAUCACUUUUGGUCACUUUUCAAAAGCAUGCAAAGUAUGUCUUCAUUUUUUCCCUUCUGUUUCUCAGUUAGUCCAAUUGGCAGCCAGGACGAAGCUGGCCAAGACAGAGCAUCAGAAUCAGGUUUCUUUAGCCAUCAAGAUAUUGAUCUCGAAAUCAUAAAUGCAGAAAGUUAAAAUAACAGCAUGAAUUUCUACUUGUAUAUUUUAGACCAAGAGCUGCCAUCCCUGCUUGACGAGCCCGUGGCUUCUGAGAUGCCCGCUGGAUACAUUAAA